UCUGCCCCGCUCAUGUCUGGCUUCCCAGCCCGCUGGCUGCGUACCUUCCUCGGUCACACACACGGCCCACGUCGGUCGGACUUCCUCGGGCUCCGCUCCAGGCUACGUUUACUUUUAUGGUGUGCUACUACCUACAGCUGUAUUUUCAUGAACUUUACUGGAUUUUUCUUCGGAAGACCUACCCGAAAACUCCGCCUGAAACUUUUCCACAGUAUUGUCUCAUCUCUCCGGGGGGAUAUUGUUCCUGGCGCGGUCAAACAAAGAUGGACUCCCGGGAGAUAAGCUAACCGGGCUAAAUGUAGUUUUGUUUCUUUUAUUACAGGUGUUUUGAAACGAAACGACGCGGGGAUUUCGCCUGAUAUAAUGAACUAAACUUUCUUCUAACGGUUCCCCCCAACGUCUCGCCUCGUCAUGUCGGGAGUGGUCCGCAGUCUGAGCCGCUGCCUGCUCCCGGCCGAGGCGAGCCAAGAGCCGGGCAGCAGCAAAGAGAGGAGCCGGGAGAGGGACCGGGAGAAGGACGCGGCCAAGAGGGAGCGCGAGGCGAAGCGGAGGAGCCGGGAGAUAGACGCCAUGCUCGCCCGGGAGAGGAGAGCUGUGCGUCGGCUUGUCAAGAUUCUUCUGCUGGGGGCCGGGGAGAGCGGAAAGUCGACUUUUCUCAAACAAAUGCGGAUCAUAAACGGACAAGAGUUUGAUCAAAAGGCACUACUGGAUUUCCGGGACACUAUUUAUGACAAUAUACUCAAGGGCAUGCGGGUGCUGGUGGACGCCCGUGACAAACUGGGCAUCAGUUGGCAGAGCUGUGAGAAUGAGAAGCAGGGCAUGUUGGUGAUGUCGUGGGAAGGCCGAGUGGGCACGACGGGGGUGGAGCCUGGAGAGUUCCAGUUGUACGUGAUGGCUCUGAACGCGCUAUGGGCCGACACCGGGAUACAGGAGGCCUACUGCAGACGCUCCGAGUUCCAACUAAGUGAAUCAGUCAAGUACUUUCUGGACAACUUGGACCGGAUUGGACAGCUGAACUACGUGCCCAGUAAGCAGGACAUUCUGUUUGCGAGGAAAGCCACCAAGGGCAUCGUGGAGCAUGACUUUUUCAUCAAGAAGAUCCCCUUCAAGAUGGUGGAUGUGGGAGGUCAGAGGUCGCAGAGGCAGAAGUGGUUCCAGUGCUUCGACGGCAUCACGUCCAUUCUCUUCAUGGUCUCAUCAUCGGAAUAUGAUCAGGUCUUGAUGGAGGACCGGCGGACCAACCGGCUGGUGGAGAGCAUGAACAUCUUCGAGACCAUCGUCAAUAACAAGCUCUUCCUCAAUGUAUCCAUCAUCCUCUUCCUCAACAAGACCGACCUCCUGUUGGAGAAGAUCCGUACCGUCGACAUCCGCAAGAAUUUCCCCGAGUUUAGAGGAGACCCGCGCAGGCUGGAGGAUGUGCAGGCAUUCUUGGUUCAGUCAUUCAGUCGAAAGAGGAGAAACCGAGGGAAGCCACUUUUCCACCACUUCACCACUGCAGUGGACACGGAGAACAUCCGCUUUGUGUUCCACGCUGUCAAAGACACCAUCCUCCAGGAGAACCUCAAAGAUAUCAUGCUUCAGUGACCCAAACACAAAGGGGCUGAGGACAUACCCCUGAGGUACCUCUGUGCACAUAGACACCACCUGUGGACACUCAAAGGAACUACACUGUGGAAUGAACGCUUAACCUGUGGAAAUAUGAGACUCGGGACGUCGUACAUCCUGGUGGACAGCUGUGGUAAAGACAUGGGUCAAUGAAAACCUGUGAUGAACUUGUUAUUUUUCUUGUGUUUCAAAGUGUGGAGCUUUUCUUACACAUUACUGAUAGACGGAAGCAACUGUAUCAUAAGUAGAAGAGUACAUUUAGAUGUUGAACGUAUUGCUGUCUCUGAAAAAACAAGGUUUUCAUUUCAUCCUCUAAAUUCCAAGCACAGCUGCCUUUGGGCCAACUGACCAAAGAGUAACUGUCAAGUUGCACCAGUGACUCCUCUGACCACUAUCAAUCACUCAAGCACUGUCAGUUUAGCACCAAAUUAAUGGAUUUGUUUUAACAAAACACUAGAAUGUUUUAUUGAAAAAUAUUCAAUUUCAAAAUGUGCUUUUCUUCUGGUCUCCUGGAGACAUACACUUUGUACUGUAUUUACAUGUUUCUGAUUCCACUUCUAUCAAUAAUGUGCCAUAUCUGGCAGGUCCACACUGCCUUUUCCCACUUGUUCUGCACUCUGAGUGUUUUUGUAUAUAAUGACACUAGACUGUCACUAAACCUGUGGUUCUGCUGCUGCUCACAUAUAGCAGCACACUAAACAGUAGAUAGAAUGAUGUGGGCUUCAAAAUACUUCACCUGAAUAGAUGUGAAGACUUUUAUAUUUACUUUAUAUUCAUUUACUUGUUAGGCAUGUAUUAUAGACUGGGAAAUCUUUGUUUUUUGUUUGUUUUUCAAAUCACUGGCAUUUGGAGUUGCAGAAUCUGAAUAUUAUGAACUGGUGAAAGUACAUGUUGGAGUAACUCAGAUAAUCCAGGACUAAUACAAUAAAUAAAUAUCCAAGACUUCAGAGGUCAAAUUAAGAUGACUAAUUCAAGUCUUCUGGUUGUGUGGGAUAAGAAAGCAGCAUGACCAGUCCUAAAGCCACAUGAUGAACCGGAUCUGGCCAGUUCCAGAAACUCUAUUUGUGGGAAUAUUCUUAAAUUUUUCAGCUAUCCUUUGACACCCGCCCUUUAGCUCUCAAAUGUAAGAAGUCAAAUAAUACUUCACAAUAGAAUAUAUUACAUAAAACAAUUGCACACUUUUGUAAGGAUUGUUUUGGGGGGUUUUUUGGUCAUAAUCUGGAUUUUAUUAACUUCAUAUACUAAAACAAAACAAAAAUCAUACAUGAUCAUUUCAAGCUACUGGCAAUUUAAAAUGAAUAUAAAUGUUAAUAAAAGUAAAUCAUGAAACUUG